AUGGUUUUAAGUAGGCAUGGUAAUAAAACAAGGUCAUGGUUGUUGCUGUUAACGCUCUUUGGUCUUAUAACAUUUGCUAUUAUUGGGAUUUUAUCGAGUCAAGAACACAAUGGUGCUGAUGCGCCUAAAUGUCGUCCAAUUUACAUGUUCCCAUCGUAUGCUAAAAUCAAUGGAUUUGAUACGCAUCAUUCAAAAUUUGCUUCAAAAUAUAAUCUAUUUCUUUAUCGUGAACAAGGUAAGGAUAAAAUUCCAGAUGAAGAUGAUAAAUCAGGUUACAUUUUAGAUGGUGUACCAGUCUUAUUUAUACCAGGUAAUGCAGGCUCUUAUAAACAAGUAAGAUCAAUUGCUGCUGAAUCUACAAAUAUCAUUCACAAUAACAAAGAAAAUAUUUAUUAUCGUGGUAAAAAUUUGGAUUUUUUUGCUGCUCAUUUUAAUGAAGAUUUUACAGCAUUUCACGGAAGAACAAUGCUUGAUCAAGCUGAAUAUUUGAACGAUGCUAUACGGUAUAUCCUAUCUCUUUAUGAAGGACAAUCGAAUCCGCCACAGUCAGUUAUACUUGUGGGACAUUCAAUGGGUGGUGUUGUCAGUCGCCUGAUGUUGACUCUUCCCAAUUAUGUUGAAAACUCCAUCAAUACUAUAGUAACAUUAUCUGCACCACAUGCUGCUGCUCCAGCUACUUUUGAUGGUGAUAUUAUGAGAGUCUAUGGUGAGAUUGAUAGAUUUUGGAGACAAGGUUUUGAUUCUGAACAUGAAGAUACAGUACCAUAUCAACGGUUGCAAAAUGUCUCCAUUAUUUCCAUCACCGGUGGUCUUUUGGAUACAAUUUUACCAGCUGAUUAUACAACUCUUGAUGGUCUAGUACCAGAUACGCAUGGUUUUACUGUGUAUACCACUGGUAUCCCUGGUGUCUGGACACCUAUUGAUCAUCUUGCUAUUGUCUGGUGUGACCAAUUAAGAAAAGUAGUUGCCUCUGUGCUACUAGAUGUUGUUGACCCAUUGAGCCCUUCAAGAACUUAUUCAGUGAAUAAAAGGAUGAAUAUAUUCCGCAAAAAUUUACUUUCAGGUUUUGAAGAAUAUGCUAAACAAGACUUUUUAAAUAAUGAUGAAUAUGAUGAGAUUAAGAUCAAAGCUGAAGAUUUAGAGAUUUCAAAUGGUGAUUCUACGCUGCUAAAAUCAAGUAAAUCCCAUAUCAUUGAUUUGAAAAGGGUUUCUAAUGAAAGUGUUUUCAAUUUUAUAUCAUCCAGUCAACCAUCAACUCAGGAUAAAGGCUCUUAUUUGGCUGUCUGUAACAAAACGUCUGGAUUAGGGAGUGAAACUGUUAUCGAACCAAGAGGAGUUUCAAGCUCAGAUGAUACAUUAAAUCUUGCUUGCAAAAGUAUAUCAAAGGAUGUUUACGCUAUUCCUAGAUCAGCUGGUGAUCUUGAUGCAAGUGAAUCAUCAUUUGGCGGUAAUUACUCACCAUUUUAUGCUGCACAGCUAGACUAUUAUUUAUUAGAAGACAAUGACUUUGCUCUAUAUUCAAAGAAUAGUGAGUCCUCAAAUGAUGAUUUCUCAGCAUGGAGUGUUGAAAUCAAGGAGAAAAAUACAUUCCAUCUUCCAUCCAAUAUUUUUUCAUAUUUAUUUGGAACAACCAUUGAAAUUCCAUCUUCAAAAUCACUUGUUAGAAAUAUUCAAUUUGAUUCAUUAAAAAGUAGCUUAUUGGGGUACAAGGUCACUUUCAAUAUCAAUAAGAAAAACUCACAAGUUUUUGAACCGUUGGCUAGACAAUGGAUUUCUAAUCCAUUUGAGACUAAGUGGCAUUUGAAUUUACAUGAAGAUAAAACAAUAUCAUUCCAUGGUAAUGCUCCGUAUACACCUUUCAAAAAUAAAGAGAAUCCAUUACACCUUCAACUUUGGGCCUUAUUCAAUGAUAAACCUUCUUCAAUCACAGUGAAAAUUGAUUUAUUACAUACAUUGAAAUUAUGGGUGCUCAGAUAUAGAUUGGCUGUUGCUUCAUUACCAAUUUUCAUUAUUACCUUGACAUUGACUUUACAGAUUCUACAGUAUUCAAAGAGUGGUAUUUUUAUAUCAUUUGAAGAUGGUUUAAUUCUUUUAAUGAGAUAUGCAUUCCCAAUUGGAUUUUUUGCAUCUAUACUUACUCCAUUGGCAUCAAAUGAAACAGUUCAAAAACUAUUAUAUUUGAUUGAUUUUGUCGCAAUCACCAAGCCUGAAGAAUUGAAAAAUGUUCAUGUUGAUCCUUAUUUCUUAGGUAUUCAAGAAAAUUAUCUCUGGAUUCUAGGCCCAAUAUUUUUGACAAUUGCUUUAUCAUUGGUCUAUACCGUCAAUAAAGCUGUUCAACUGCUUGGAAUUGGUAUCACCUUGUUGAUAAGAUCUGUAAAAUCACGUUUCAGUUCAGAAUUGAAUUCAGUGAAAGAAUUACAAAUCCCAAUACCUAAAGACAGACUACAAAAUAACCGCCGUAUUGUUGGUUCAGUUUUAUUACUUGCAUUUGUUGUGUUUUAUGUUCCAUAUCAAUUUGCUUAUGUCGUUUGUUGUGUUGUUCAAGGGAUUGUUUGCAUCAAAUCUGAAAUGAAAGCGCAUGAAUCAUUCAAAGAAAAGGAAGCGUCAAUUACAUCAUCGAAUUUUUCAAACUAUAACAAGUCCUUAUUUGUCUUGAUGUUGUGGAUUUUACCAGUCAACAUUCCUGUUUUGGUUGUAUUCUUUCAUAAUAUGGCCGUGAAAUGGGAAACUCCAUUUUCAUCACAUCAUAAUAUUUUGGCAAUUUUACCAAUAAUUCUUGUUUUGAGCAAACACGUUAAAGGUGAGAUAAUACCACAACCACAGUUCAAGUUACAAAGAAGGAUUACAGUGGGUAUUUUGAUUUAUUUCGCCUUUUUCUCCUUGGUUUAUGGAGUUAGACAUCUUUAUUGGUUACAUUACUUGCUCAAUGUGUUUUUCGCUUGGAUUUUUAUUCUAUUCUAUGAAGGCUCAACUGAUACGAAUGCUCAAAACAAUUGA